GGUGGGAGAAAGUUUGAAAGAAACAGAGACAAUCAAAGUUAGAGAAUUAGAGACAGUGAUCAAGAGAGUGAGAGAAAGAAUCAGAAUUAGAGAGAGCCUGGGGGCUGGAGCUAUAGCACAGUGGGUAGGGCAUUUGCCUGGCACGUGGCCGACCCGGGUUCGAUUCCCAGCAUCCCAUAUGGUCCUCUGAGAACCGCCAGGGGUGAUUCCUGAGUGCAGAGCCAGGAGUAACCCCUGUGCAUUGCCGGGUGUGACCCAAAAAGAAAAGAAAAGAAAAGAAAAGAAAAGAAAAGAAAAGAAAAGAAAACAGAAUUAGAGAGAGCCAGAGAGAAUUAGAAGUGGAGAGAGCGAGAGAGGGUUAGAAAGAGAGAUUUGGAGAAGUCAGUGUUAGAGUAGGAGAACUAGUAUUAGAAUUAGAGGGAAUUAGAGUUAGGAUUUGGGAGAAUCGGAGUUAGAAUUAGAAUUAGAGAGAGUGAGUUAGAGAGAGAAUUAGAGUCAGGAGAGUGUUAGAAAUAAUUAGAAAGUCAGAGUGAGGAUUAGGGACUGGAGGGAUAGCACAGCGGGUAGGGCGGUUGCCUAGCACUUGGCCAACCCGGGUUUCGAUUCCCAGCAUCCCAUAGGGUCCCCUGAGCACCGCCAGGGGUAAUUCCUGAGUGCAGAGCCAGGAGUAACCCCUGUGCAUUGCCGGGUGUGGCCCAAAAGCAAAAAAAAAAAAAAAUCUCUCUCGGGGACCAGAGCCAUGCACCAAGCCAGGUUCAAUCCCUAUCAUCCCAUAGAGUCCCCUGAGCACCGCCAGGAGUAAUUCCUGAGUGCAGAGCCAGGAGUAACCCCUGAGCAUCGCUGAGUGUGACCCAAAAAGCGAGAGAGAGAGAGAGAGAGAGAGAGAGAGACAGAGACAGAGACAGAGACAGAGAGAGACAGAGAGAGACAGAGAGAGACAGAGACAGAGACAGAGAGAAUUAGAAUUAGAGUUUGAGAGAGUCAGUUAGAAUUAGAGGGUUAAAAUCAGAGAGAAUUAGAAUUAGAGAGAGUUUGAGAAUGAGUCAUGAGUCAGAGAGAGAGAGAGAGAGAGAGAGAGAGAGGGAAGUGGGUGGAGAGAAGGGACGGGGAGAGAAGUGCGGUAACGGGGAGAGAGGGAAAGAGAAGGGGGGGACUGAGAGGCGGGAGAAGGUUCAGGGCGCCCCAAGAAAGGAAAGUGAGGUCAGUUCCCCGGCAGGGAGGGCGACACCCCCACAGCCGCGGGGAUCCCCGCCCCGGAAGGCGCCGCUGCGGGGUGUAUAAGGCGCGCGCGGCCGCCCCGCGGCUCAGUCCCGCCGCCGGCCAUGCCCAGCGCCUCCGCUGUCCAGGACCCCGAGGCCCUGCACCCCGCGCCCCCGAGCCGCGCCUGCACCCCGCUGCUCUGGGCCCUGGGCUCGGCGCUGCUGCUGGUCACCGGCUCCUUCGCGGCCUUUGUCGCCUGGUGGGUGCUCAGGGCUCCGGAUUCUCGGGGUGCCACCGCCCUGGAGGCCCCCCAGCUGCCGCCCGACCCCGGCGCUCGCUUCAGCGACCCCCCGCAGGACUCGUUCGGGCAGCUGGUGGCAAAAAAUGCCCAGCUGAGCGACGGUGCCCUGAGCUGGCACAGCGCCCCGGGGGUGGCCCACGUGCUGCUGGCGCGGGGCCUGAGCUACGACGCGGCGGCGCGGGAGCUGCAGGUGGCCCGGGCCGGCGUCUACUACGUGUUCGUGCAGCUGGCGCUGCGGCGCGUGGUGGCGGGGCGCGGGGCCGCGGGCUCCGUGGUGGCCGAGCUGCACCUGCAGCCCGCCGCGCCCGCGCCCGCGCCCCUGACCCUCACCGUGGACCUGCCGCCGCCCGCCGCCUCGGACUCGGCCGCCGCGUUCCGGGGAGUCCUGCUGCACCUGAGCGCGGGCCAGCGCCUGAGCCUGCACCUGCGGCCCUCGGCGGGCCUGAGCCCCACCUGGCAGCUGGACCAGGGCGCCACUGUCCUGGGUCUCUUCUGCGUGGCCCCGGACACAGCUGGAGGACUAGACUUGCAGCAGCCCACGUGACCCCAGCCAGUGUGGGGAGGCCACCCCCUGGUCACCAGACUGAAUCCUGUUUUCCUUGGGGGCCCCUGAGGGAAGGGGCCUGGUAACUCUACCUCAUCAGACUGGGCAAGGAAAAAAAAAAAUCCCUGGGGACACCUCCUCCUGGAGGCCCACCCGAAUUACUCUACCUCCUGCCCCAAGUGGAACUCUGGGUAUUUAUUCUGAGCAGGAGCUCAGCAUAUUUUAAUAUUAACGCAUUCAAUGUAUUUAUUGUAUAUCUGCUAUUUGUUCCGGGUAGGGGACAGGAAGGACCCCACCCCCAGUCCUUAUUUAUGUUAAUAUAUGAACCAAUAAAAGACUCACCCAACUGUGCUCUCCCAUGGAGGAGCUCUAGGGGAAUG